UAGAUUUUCAGUACUGGAAGUGAAUUUCGGAACGCAGCCUAAAAAUGUUUAGUUGUGGAUCUAUGUCCAGCUCGCUGUGUGUGAUGUGAUUAUCGAUGCAGGAAAUUCAUAUCAGUUUAUCGUUAUUGAGGCUACGUAGAUAUCGUAGAUUCAUUAACGUGAAUUUUGUUCUGAAGUGUGUUGGUUAUAUAAGACACCUGACAAUAAGAUAAAGAUGAGCACGAAGUUCCUAUUCGUCGAGUCGAUGGAGAUUUUCAAUGUUUUACCGCAUUAUUACACUCUAUUGGAAACGAUCUUGGUGAUUUUGGUCGUUUGGUUUAUCUCUAAAAAACGAAAGGAUCGCAACUCGAUACUUUCGGAUGAGCUGGUGGAGAGUAAACUAGCGGAAUGGCAACCAGAGCCUCUGAUAUCAGAAUCACCAAAGGAACAUCCCUCGUUGAAUCCCAAGUACAUCACUUCCAGGAUUGGAAAACGAAUAACUAUUAAUGGCAAGGAUUGUCUCAAUUUGGGAACACACAAUUAUUUGAAUUUGAGCAACAAUUCCAAAGUAGAAGAGAGAGCAGUAGCUGCUAUGAAGAAAUAUGGUGUUGGUUCCUGUGGACCACGUGGCUUCUAUGGCACUGUUGAUGUACAUCUUGAAUUAGAAGAACGCUUGGCUAAGUUCACUAAUACAGAAGAGGCUGUUGUAUACUCAUAUGGAUUUAGCACUGUAUCAUCAGCAAUUGGGGCUUACUGUAAACGCAAUGACUUGAUAUUUGCAGAUGAACAAGUAAACUUUGCUAUCCAAAAAGGAUUUGAUGCAUCUCGAGCAAAUAUCCAAUACUUUAAGCAUAAUAAUGUUCAAGAUUUGCAUGAUCUCUUAAUAAAACAAGCAGAAGUGGAUAAACAAAAUCCUAAGAAAGCUGCAAAGACUAAACGCUUCUUGAUCAUAGAAGGUAUUUAUAAUAAAACAGGAAAUAUUUGUCCUUUACCAGAACUAUUAGAUCUCUGCAAGAAGUACAAAUUAAGGAUCUUUAUUGAUGAAUCUAUAUCACUUGGUACCAUUGGUCUGCAUGGUAAAGGUGUUACAGAGUAUUUUAAUAUUCCAAUAACAGAAAUAGACAUGAUAAUUGGAUCUUUGGAAUUGGCUUUUGGAUCUAUUGGAGGCUUUUGUGUAGGAACAUCUUUUGUUAUUGAGCAUCAACGUUUAUCCGGACUUGGCUAUUGUUUCUCAGCUUCUUUACCACCUUUUCUUGCAUCUACUGUCAUUGCUUGUCUGGAUAUCAUGGAGAAUGAUUUGCAAAUAUUCAAAUCUUUAAAAGAUAAUACUUUAGCAAUAGAUAACGGUCUUAAAAGUAUUUCAGCAUUUGAGUGUUCAAGUUUUGCAGAGUCACCUGUAAAGCAUUUAUAUUUGAAAGAUAAAAAAGACUAUGUUAUUGAAGAGAAAUUACUAUCUGCAAUAUCUAACAAAUGUAUAGAAAAUAACUUAGCAAUUAUACUUCCUGCCUAUUUAGAAGCAGAAAAAGUUAAACCAAGGCCUAGUCUUAAACUUUGUAUAUCUAUUGAUUUAUCUGAAAGUGAUAUCAAUUUUGCACUGAAUACUUUGAGGAAAUGUGCACAAGAAGUUUUAUCGUGCCAACCUAUACUGGAAACAAAUGAAUCUUUAGAGAAAUAUACCUAACGAACAUAUUAAGAUUAUAUAAAUCUAUAUUAUAAACAGAACUCCCCUUAUAGAAAUAUCAUACUAAGAAUCAUUGGUAAUUACUUAU